AUGGACACAUCAUCUGCUCGUUUGCUUGCGUUGUUUGCAGUUGCCACAUGCCUCCUCAGGAACAAGGCUUCCUGCUUCACGUCCUCCGGCGUGACCAGAGCAUUCGCGACCUUCUACGGCGGCAGUGACGCCUCAGGGACGAUGGGUGGGGCGUGCGGGUACAGCAACCUCUACUCGACGGGGUACGGCACGAACACGGCGGCACUGAGCACGGCGCUGUUCAACGACGGCGCCUCCUGCGGGCAGUGCUACCGGAUCGCCUGCGACUACGCGGCGGACCCGCGCUUCUGCCUCCGCGGCAAGUCCGUCACCGUCACCGCCACCAACCUCUGCCCGCCCAACUACGCGCUGCCCAACGACGACGGCGGCUGGUGCAACCCGCCGCGGCAGCACUUCGACAUGGCCGAGCCCGCCUGGCUCAACAUCGGCAUCUACCGCGGCGGCAUCGUCCCGGUCCUCUACCAACGGGUGCCCUGCGUCAAGAAAGGCGGCGUCAGGUUCACCGUCACCGGCCACGACUACUUCGAGCUCGUGCUCGUCACCAACGUCGCCGGUUGCGGCUCCGUGCAGGCCGUCUCCAUCAAGGGCUCCAGGACCGGGUGGAUGGCCAUGUCCAGGAAUUGGGGGGUCAACUGGCAGUCCAACGCGCUGCUCACCGGCCAGGGCCUCUCCUUCAAGGUCACCACCACCGACGGCCAAACGCUCGUCUUCCCCAACGUCGCCCCGGCAGGGUGGGGAUUCGGCCAGACCUUCGAGACGUCCAAACAGUUCUCCUAG